AUGCCCUCCAAUAAAAAGAACAAGAGCAAAAAUGCUCACAAUAAUAAUAAUAAUAACGCUACCAAUAGCCCUAACAAAAACCAUAAAGCUAAUCCCGUGAAAAACAAGAAGCAAGCGGAAAAUGAAGAGUUUGAGAAGGUGUUAGCAGAUCUGAACAGAGUUACUGAGGCUGCAGGGUUAGAAAGGGCUAAGCAGAUUGAGCGUGAGAAGAAGAUGCGUGAGGAGCGGGAAAAACGACACAAGAUUGUUUUGGAGAAGUCUAACGAGGCAGAAGAAGAAUUUGAAAUGCAACUUCGCCGCAAACAAAAAACACAGCAAUUCCAACAACUUUUACAGCAAUUACUUUCCGCACAGCGACCUUUCCUGGAUGCCCCUAAUACGGAGUUUCAUAGUGAAACCGCAUGUGAAAAUCCAAACUUUGAUGUGGCGGUUGGGGAGAUGCAGGGAUGGCGUCUCAACAUGGAGGAUGAACACAUGAUUGACGUAACUUUCCCUAAUGGUGAGAAGAACAGCAAAGAAGGUCUCUUCUGUGUGUUUGACGGUCAUUCCGGGAAGUCGUGCGCGACGAAGUGCCGGGAAUUAUUUCCUAAAAUGGCAAGAUCCCAUCUCACGCAGAAGGCAGAUGGAACCACCUCCGUGGACUUUGACCGUAUGUACAUGGAAAUAGAUAAAUUACUAGAAUCGCAGCUCACCGACGACUCUGGAUGCACGGCAGUCACUGUACACAUUACACCAGAAUUCAUCACCUGCGCCUCUGUGGGUGAUUCUCGUGCAGUGUUGUGCCGCAAUGGAGAAGCCUUUCCCCUCGCGUGUGAUCACAAGCCUGAGAACACAGAAGAGAAGGCUCGCAUUGAAGCCGCAGGGGGCACGGUGUCUGAAAACCGCGUGAAUGGACAGUUGGCGAUGAGUCGGGCUAUGGGUGAUUUCUCAUAUAAACAACAAAAAGAUUUGGAUGCUCGUCAUCAGCUGGUCAUUGCGGUGCCAGAUGUGAUUCAAACAGCACGUGAGGCUGGAGACUCCUUCGUGGUGUUGGCAUGCGAUGGUAUUUUUGAUGUUCUUACUAACGAAGAGGUGGUGGAGCUUGUGGCUAUUAAGAAGUCAGAGGGCAAAAACAAUACACAGAUAUGUGAAGAAAUUUGCCGAGACUGUUUAGCGCCGGCUUCAGAGGACACUGGUCGCAUCUCCCGUGCAGAAGGUACAGACAACAUGACCAUCAUGAUUGUAGACCUUAAGUGA